CCCUCGGGGACAGCUGCAGCUCCUCAGGCCCCGCCUGGGACAUUUUGGGAACACUUUCUCCUCUUACUUCUCACCCUCAGGGUGGGGGUAGGGGGGGUGUCCUCUAAAUCCUUGCCCUCUGAGAAGGUCUGAGUUGGGGUAGGGCAGAAGUGGACUAGUGAGCACAGGUCUCCAUGCCUGGCCUCAUGCAAGACGAACACUGACAUUUCUACCUCUCUCUCCCCACAGGCUCAGAGCUCGAGACCUCAGGAUGGGGGAGUAAGUGGCACCCAGUGUGAUCCCCCCCCCCACUGCAGUCCCCUCACCAGGGCUCGGGUCCCAUAACUCCCUGCCCUCUGUGGCUACCACCCACCCCUUCAACCCCAUCUACCAAAAGAUUCCAUGGCUACCCCCAUGAGCCACAGCCUAACGUCUCUUUUCUCUCCCCCUCCCACCUCCCUCUUCCUCCUGGGACAGUGAGGAGGUGAGUAUCAUUCAAGGCUAUAAUGGUUUCCUGAGACUAAGUCAGAAGACACACCUGUCCAAGUCCCCAAGUGCCCCGCCCCCUGAGCUACCCCAGAGAGAGAGGAAGUGCCUGCCUGGUGCCUAGUGAGAGGGAAGUGAGAUUUGGGCCUAAUCACAAGGGAAUCACUUCUCCUUUCUGAUUUCUGUUCACCACUCACCUCCCAGGCCUCCCCUUGCCCACAGCCUCUGAGCCCUGGCCACACACCUUCCCCAUUCUCAAAUCCCAUCACCCCCUUCAACCCUAUGUGCCACCUAAGCAAAGUGUCAGGACCACAAGCAUGUGUUCCCGAAGCAGGCUCUGGACUGGAAAAAAACAGGGCCCUGGGCAGUGGCCCUGUGGCCUCCUUGGGAGCCUGGGUAGAUGGCUCCAAGGAGGCCAGAGCUCUAGCCAAGGCCUGACUCUGCCCUCUCUGUCCGAUUCUGCAGAAGCGCAACAGGGCCAUCACGGCCCGGAGACAGCACCUGAAGAGUGUGAUGCUCCAGAUUGCGGCCACGGAGCUGGAGAAAGAGGAAAGCCGCCGUGAAUCUGAGAAGCAAAACUACCUGUCAGAGCACUGCCCACCUCUGCAUAUCCCAGGCUCCAUGUCUGAAGUGCAGGAACUCUGCAAACAACUGCAUGCUAAGAUCGAUGUGGCUGAGGAGGAGAAAUAUGACAUGGAGGUGAAGGUGCAGAAGAGCAGCAAGGAGCUGGAAGACAUGAACCAGAAGCUGUUUGACCUGAGGGGCAAGUUCAAGAGGCCCCCACUUCGGAGGGUGCGUAUGUCGGCCGAUGCCAUGCUGAAGGCGUUGCUGGGCUCUAAGCACAAGGUGUGCAUGGACCUGAGGGCCAACCUAAAGCAGGUCAAGAAGGAGGACACCGAGAAGGAGCGGGACCUGCGUGAUGUGGGUGACUGGAGGAAGAAUAUUGAGGAGAAGUCUGGCAUGGAGGGCCGGAAGAAGAUGUUUGAGUCCGAGUCCUAACUGCCCUGCCCCACCCCACCCCACCACCAGGGGAGCACCCAACAGCCAAGCUGGGAGUACCUGGCCUCACUCCAAUAAAGGAUUCACAUCCCUA